CAGCCUUGUGUCUCCCCACACUGUUCAGGGCCGCAAUGAGUCAAGGGGACGGAAUGCCGUUGCCUACCGUCCUGAUGGGUGCAAACUCACAGCAGCUACCCUGGUGGGGGCGCAUUGCCAAAGCUUGGACUCUGUUUACAAAAAUACACCAUGAGAUCCGAUAACAUGAUAAAACCCAUCGUAUGCUUCGAAAAUAACGCCUUGGCUAAAGAUUGUGGCUUCUUUGGCUUUUUCGACGCUCUUCGAUUGGUCAGCCCUAGUACCAGCCAUCAGCUUGAGGGCUCAGUUUCGAGAGCUAUAAACCAUGUGGAAAGCAACUAAAGGACGAUGAAAUGACAUCGAAACAGGUUUCCAUUGCUUGAGAAACUAACACAACGUUUCUGCCGCCCAUUUAUCGCCGAAAGAAUGAGCGCCUCAAAUUCUAGUCUGCGACCUCGUCAGAGGACUUUCACGUCUUGCACAGAAUGCCGUAGGAGGAAACAGCGGUGCAAUCAAGCCAAAGACAUGUGUAGCAACUGCCGUCGCCGGUGGCCUCCCGUCGUCUGCACGUACUCGGAGGGCUCAAGUCCUCCUCCAAGCUUUGACAGUGUCAUCGAUCUACAAGAUGACCAUAUGGCCCAGCCAGUCUUGGGAUCAUCCGGUGGCUCGCACCAAUCUUACGUGCAGAUAUCCCAAUCAAACUUCAACGGCUAUCCUGCGACCACAAUGGCGAGUAAUUACUACUCUGCGCCACCAUCUGGAUACUACAUCCCGACAGCAACAGCAAGACCAGAUUACGGCGGCACAUAUCAAGGCGAAAGCUCGAACUCGAGCUCGAGAAAUCAAUAUAGUUCAGUGACCAAUACGGGCAGCUAUGCAGUGGCCGAUGCAGGGUACUACCAAAGCAGCCAACCGGACUACAGCUCCGCUGGAACACAAGGUGGGUAUUACCCGACGUCGAAUUAUUAUACAUCGAAUGGGGAUCCGACGGCGUUCGUUGGUGCCAACCCGGCCGAAUAUUAUUGCGUCGAACCGGAUCACGAUGAUGUGCCAGUAUCCAGAAGCUGAAUUGAACCACAAAUAUCUGCUGAAAAGACAACGUCGGACGGAAGGAGAAUUUCAGAAAGAUAUAUUUGGCUUCUCAUGGCUCGAACACGAAUCAGAAACUGCGAAUGAGGAGGAAAUGAUAUGAAGUUGAUGCAGCCGAAGGAUUAUUGACAGGAUUUGUUCCCAGAUGCGACGUUGAGGAAGCGAUACGAUGUUGAAAGCGGGACGGGCUUGCAGAAGGGAACUGAGGUGUAAGUAAGCUCAUGGACAUGGCCAAUGGUGGGGCCAAACUUUACCCCGCGACUAGGGUACGAGAUAUAUUUAGCAUUUGCAGGUUACCAGGAACGUGGCGAGGUUGGGAUUUCCUUUCCAGGGGAUAGCUUUAUUGUUUAGAGAUAGAGGUUGCAUUUGCCCACAGUUCGAAUUUUUGUUUAGAAGGAUAUCGUGGUACUAGAUUUGGACGUCUGUCGCUUGAGACUCUGUAUUUCUUAAUUUGUUAGAUUAUUA